AUGGAAUGCAAUAGAGAAGAAGCCGUAAGGGCUAGAAGAAUUGCUUUAAAGAAGUUGGAGAAAAGAGAUUUUUCUGGUGCCCAAAGGGUUGCACUUCAGGCUCAAAGGCUUUAUCCAGAGCUUGAGAAUCUAUCCCAGUUGUUAACUGUCUACAAAGUGUACUGUGCGGCUGAGGCAAAGAUCAACAGACAGUUGGACUGGUAUGGUAUCCUUCAAGUACAGAAGCAAUUUGUCUACUACCAGCGGAACUUUUUGGCCAUCUGUGAUGACUGUGGCAAAAAUUUCUUUGCGUUUAAGUUGAGUGAGCAGGCUGUGCCCUCGAGAUUCCUAUCAGUUGCACCUGAUAAUUCUCAAGUUUCACUAAAAUUGGUUUCAUGUCAACAACGCGGUGUCCCUGAUCAAUUGAUACAGUACACUGAGCUUCGUUCUACAGGAGGGAGCAUGGAUUCCGAACCAAGAGUGCAUUCCACAUGUACUGAUGUUGUUGUCAACCAGAACUUUGGUAGAGAAGAUACAUCUACAGUGCCAAAUGCUGCAGGGUCAUGCAAUCUUCAGAUGUUAGGCAAGAGGAAGCAUGAUGAUUGUGCUGACAGUGGCCGCAGGAGGGACUCUUGCAUCAAUAAGAGGCAAAGUAAGGACAAUUCACUUUCUGAUGCUAAUUCCACUGCUGAUAAAAUGUAUAAUGAUGAUGUUGUUGUCGCUAACUCUCAAGCUGCCAAACAUGUUCCUGACACCCGACUGGGUUCCUUCCAGUAA